CCCAUCACUAGAAACGUUAAACUGGGUUCGGUUGAACUGUUUUUAUUGGGCGCUAUUUUUGUACUCUGCUCUAGCGUAACGAAUUUAUUUAGGCUAAUGGAAAAUAAACAAUUUGGCCGUUAACGUACGCUUGUGUUGUAAUAAAUAAAUAUUUAUUGAUAAAAUUUUCAUUUUUGGGUGAUAAUAAGAUAUACCAACAUGAAUAUUGACAUGGACGCAUCGAACAGUGAUGAAUACGUCGUGACCGCGUUACAAAUAUUUGACUAUUGUGGAGCCGAUAGCUCUAGCACGUUGCGCGUUGAUGCACUAAUGGACAAAUUCGCUCCAUUCGUUAAAACCAACAAGUCAGAAUACAGCUACUUAAGAUCAUUGUUGGACCCGGAUCAUGACAACCCCGAGAUCACCGUGUCCAAGUUGGCCAAGACUCUGAACAAGUAUAGCGAGAGUCAGAAGGCUAAAGUAGACCAUGAUGAAAGUUUCAAUCUCAAGAGUGGACAGGCUCCACAGGAUUCAGAUUCAGGAAUAUCUACUGAUGCGGGCUACCAGCUGUUGGAGGAGCUGCAAUGCGAGGUCCGCGAGAAGGCGCACCUGGCGCAGCAGCUGCGCAGCCAGCUCGAGUUCACCGACCGCCAGCACGAGGAGGCCUUGGCCACCUUGACCGCUGAGAAAGAACAGCUCAAAGCUCAUCUCAACAUUGUUCGUGAAGAGAACGCGUCACUGUGCGACGUGCGGCGAGACUACGAGGAGGCGAGCGAGCGCGCGAGCGCGUGCGAGCGCGCGCUGGCCGACGCGACGCGCGAACUGGACUCGCACAAGAAGAGGUCCAAGCUGCUGCACGACCAGCUCGCCACUUUGGAGAAUGAGAAACUGACCCUGCAAGAGCAGCUGAGCAAGUCCAAGGACGAGUGCCACCGCAUCAACGAGAUGUACGCGAGCCGGCAGUCGUCGCUGCUGGAGCAGAACGACAGCCUGCAGACCUCGCACGCGGACCUGCACACGCGGCUGCAGGACCAGGAGGAGUUCAUGCAACAGAUCCUUAAGGAGAAGGUGCUUCUUGAGAUGGAGCUGAAGGAUCUUCUGAACAAAUCCAACCACACAGCGCUGCGCAUGGACCGCUCCAUCGACAUCAGCUACACGGAGGACCAGAUGCUCACUGCGCUUGACACUCUCAACGCUGAUAGCAGAUUCUCACAAGACAAUCGCUUGCUAGACGAAGAGUCGUUCGUAAACGCCUUGCGAGAGGAGCAGGGGCGCGCCACUAACAUGUCUUUGUUCGACGAAAUUCGUCUCAGCUUCUGUAACGUAUCCAAAUUUAACCACACUCACGACAACGAUACCAUAGACAAGUCCAGAAGCUUCGACGUGUCAUUGACAACAAUAGGUACACAGACUGAAAAUUGUGACAAAUGUUCAGAAAUUCAAUCAAUUUGUACUAAAACAGAUUUUGAGGUUGAUUGUAGUUGUAUUGAUAAAGUUAAAAGUGACAUAGGCUUACAAACAGAUGAUUUUAGAAAGGAACUUAAAGAUAAAUAUUGCCAAUGCGUUAUUUCUAACGUCAACACCACUGCUAGCCAGACAGAUGAGAAUAACAAUACUGAUAUAUGCGUGAAGUGUAUUCAUUACGACAAAUUGAUGAGACAUUCAGUCAAGUUAGAAAAAGAGACAAUAUAUUAUUUAGACGCGAUAUCUUCUUUGGAAAAUGAUUUAGAAAUGUACGAAGACAAUUUAGAGAUGUUGCAAAAAACUGUCAGCGAUGGGGAAAAUACGAAUAGUUUGUUGAAUGAUGCCAUAAAAAGUUUGCAAGCUAAGCUGUCAGCUUUGGAAGAGGCUUGUGAGAAUCAGCUGAAAAAGAUUUCCGAUUUGUGCGGCGUGGACGCUGUGCAAACGGCCGAAUGCCAAACUGAAUUUGACAUAGCUUCAGCGAGCGUGCAAGUAGAGAUGCCAUGCAAUGACUGCGAGAAGAGGAACACGCCUGUUCCGCAGAAAACUCUUAGGAGAUAUUUAUGGGAGCCACUAAAGAGUUUGUUCCAAGUGUUUGCGGUAGUUUGCUUCCUCUGCGCCGUGUCUGUGCUGUACGGAGUCUCCAGGAGGCGGCAGGUGGGUGAUGAAAAGUGGGCUGCGGACGGGAGCCCGUGCCGUGGCAGUGGCUCGGGGCGCAGGAUCUCAUGGACCUUCUUCUCAGGAUAGAAUACGUAGCCGACGUCCCCAUGUGAAUUAAUGCUAAGUUUGUUAAUUAGUAAGGCAAAAUAAUCAUCGAGAAAAAUAUAGAAUUAAACUCGCCUUAUGUACAGUCGACAGCGCAUCUUUUUCUCGUCUUUGCUUGUCGUUUCAUAGGCUGUGAAGCCGCGAAGCCCUACAGCGUAAGAAAUAAACUUUGAAGUUUUGUACAUUGCCUUACGUCAACCCUUGGGAAUGCUAUUACAGCCUAUCAGCUGCCAAAGCUAUGUGUCCCUUAGUCGCCUCGUACAACAACCACAAAAGUUCAUAUACUUUUGUCCUGAUCUUAUCCUAGGGCGGAACUACACGACACAGUCCAUCGCGUAUAAUUUCGCCGUAAGGUAACUUGAUGUGCGGUCGAUUGUACCCCGUACCCGAAAAGGAAAAUAUAACUGUUUUAAAGCAUGGAAAAAAGUAAUACAGUAAUAUCCUAAUUAGUUUGUAUUAAAGUGCAUUGACCCUAAUCUUAUUAUUCAUUGAUAUAUUCUGUUUUUGUUUACUAUUUGAUAUAAUUUUCGAAUUAUUUUGUUUGAAUAUUACGCUUCCAAUGUCUUGAUACUUUUUGGUUUUGAUAUAAAAUAUAGCCGGCAUUUGAUUUUACAAUAUAACACACUACAAUCGAUAUUUUUGAAUUCUCGUGUAUCAGUAAUUGAAUUAUUUACUUAGUGAUUAAAAUAAAACUAUAGUCAGUGUUUAAUUGCAAUACAAAGUGAGAAAAAGCCAAAUAAUUGUGCUUCCUAUAUAUGUACAUACAACCGUUCCUACAUUUUAUGAUAGAUUUAAUUUCUUGCAAUAACUACCUACUUAGAUAUUUUGAAUUUAGCUAAUCAGUUUAAAUACACGUAGAUUAUAUUCUUUGUAAUAUUUUAAUCGAUUUAUGUCUAUUUUUAUUUUUAUUUUCAGCCAGUAGGAAAUUAUUUCUUAUUCAUUUCUUUAACCUAUUAGAACUUUUUUCAUUAUGUUUCUUUUAUAAUAUUCAUGUAAAAUUAAUUCUUGAAGUUUUAUACAGAUAUGGAGGAUUUCUUAUGUAUCCUAAUCUUCAAUAUAAAUCUUAAGUAAACCGUAAUAUUCCUGAAAAGUGCAUUUAUGUUUUAGAAAUAAUUAUCAGGUGAUAAGAGAAAAUGUUGAGGUAAAAUUUGUAACAAUGUUGUAAAUUCUGUGAUAGGACAGUGCCAGUAAAAAUAAAUUGUAAAAUUAGAUUUUUAACCCGUUUUAUUAACGGAUUAAAAAGUAUAUAAUAUAUAUCUAUUAUCUAAUUACGAAUUUUCGAAACGUGUUGUGACAAAAAGUAUAUGACCAAAAAUUAUUCUAUAGAAUUUAUCAAUUGUAAUAUUUGAUAAAGUUUAGUUUUAAUGAAGCCAAAAUUAUUUCUAUAUUAACUUUAGACUUUUAUAAUGCAAAUUUUUUUAAACGAUUAGGUUUAAAAAUUAAAUAUUGUUAGAUAACAUACAUUUUAAUCCGUGACAUUUGACUAAUAUUGCAUUUACUUUACGCAUUAAAGUUUUAGUUUUAGUGUGAGCAAGACUCGUGUAGACAUAAGGCUCAUAUACACUGCUACAAGGCCUUAUUAUGGGCAUGUGAAUCUUGGUACUAGAAGAACGAUCUACAUGCAUAUAGAAAUGUAUAUCUUUUUAAGUUGCUUAAAAAAAGAUAAAGUACUCAAUUUGUCGCGGUAUUUUAUUAUUCGUUAAGCCUCUAUUUGACUUAAAUAUAUUUUAGUGUGUUGUGUAGCUUCUAAACUGCAGGAAUAACUAUAUAUAAUAUUUUGUGUUUUUGUCGCUCAAUAAUCCAGAUGAUUACAUAAUUUGGGAAAUGUCACUAUUCGCUGUAUCAAACUGCGUAUGCUCACUUAAACUAAUAUAGAUAAGUACUCGAAUGCAUAUAUUCAAAAUGCAUUAUUAGUAUUCUCAGUCAUUUUGUUUUAGUUUUAAAUAUAUUUUUUUCAUUUAGAGCAUUGCAUAUACAUAAGCAUUGUGUUUAACUAGUCUGUUGAAAUGAAUAACAUAACAUUCUGAGAUUAUGUUUUACUUAAUCAUAAUUAUAAUUCGUUGUCAAACUUUAAUUUGUAUUUCUUACUAUUGAAUUUGAAUUUCUGCUCAUUCGGAGUUAGUUGUGAGCGUAUUUGUGUUUUAUUUUGUGCAUAUCGAAGUGUUUUUAUUCAAAUGUAUCGGAAUAAUAUACGAGAUCUGAUAAUAA